CGACGCUCGAACCGGCCGUCGUUUCUGUCUUAUUGCAUCCGAGCUUUGGAAAAGCACGUUUUGUCAAUAGGGCAUUAGGAAGGACGCGGGAGGUCGAACCGAGACCGACGCCGACGGUUCGUUCGCUGAGAUAUUUUCGAAAGUUCGGCGUGUUUCGGAGUUUUUGAGUGCGUAUGGAAUGUUUACUUUCCCGGUGAUUGUUUGGUAACUUCAGUUACGCGGAUUUGUUAGAAAAAAAGACACUUUAGCAUUGCAAGAGGAGUAAUUGCUGGCAAUGAAUUGUGCACUCCAAAUUUCCCGUUGGAGUGUCAGCAAAUAAGUGCAGGAAAGGAUGAAGAUAAAGUAAUAGCGACUUCAGGAAAUAAAGCUCUGGAUUUGAGAAUGUGAUGAAAUUUACUAUUUACCUUUAACAACAAGUAUGGUCGCGGUGAUUUGGUUAAAAUGGUUGUUGUUUUGGGCAAUAGUCGUAGAUGGGAAAAACAUCCCACCACAGGGACAGCCAGAGAAAAAUCAAGACCAAGAAUACUGGUACGAGCAGGCGAGGAUAGCCCUUCGCAAGCGUCUCCAGUACACUAUGGAAUCCGAACGGCGCCCUUACGCAAAAAAUGUAGUCUUAUUCGUUGGUGACGGCUUGGGAGUAGCUACUGUAACGGCGGCACGUAUUCUUAGAGGGCAGAGGCUGGGCAAAAAGGGCGAAGAUCACGAUUUAGCGUGGGAUUCUUUUCCUGCUGUAGCUUUAGCUAAAACCUUUAACAUGGACGCUCAAAUUGGUGAAUCAUCAGCCUGUGCGACUGCCCUAAUGUGUGGCGUUAAAACAAAUUUCGAGACAGUUGGACUGGACGCGAAAGGACGAUUCGAAAACUGUUUUUCGAGCUUUUCUUCUAGGGUACCAUCGUUGAUUGACUGGGCACAAGAAUCAGGAAAAUCGACAGGCAUAGUAACGAAUACGAGAAUAACUCACGCCACACCUGCAGCCCUUUACGGCCAUUCGCCCUCCAGAUAUUGGGAGGACGAUUCCAAAGUACCUCCUGCAGCUAGAAAAUCCUGCAAGGACCUGGCUAGGCAGCUAAUAGAGAACGACCCAGGACGAAAUAUUAACGUUUUGCUGGGUGGCGGUCGACGCCACUGGUUGCCCAAAGUUGCCCACGAUCCCGAAUUAACUAAGGAAGAAGGUAGGCGAUUAGACGGUCGGAAUCUCAUAGACGAUUGGGUCAGAGACAAGAAAAAACGAUCUCUAAAGGCCCAAUACGUCUGGAACAAGGGACAACUCGAUCAGAUCGACCCCAAUCAAGUGGAUUAUUUAUUAGGGUUAUUUUCGUAUUCUCAUAUGGACUUUGAGGCCGAUCGGGAUCCAGGAGCCACAGGAGACCCUUCGUUGGCCGAUAUGACACGCUCCGCUCUUUCCAUAUUGCUGAAAAACCCCAAAGGAUUUUUUUUGGUAGUAGAAGGUGGACGGAUAGACCACGCUCAUCAUUACAACAACGCUUACAGAGCGUUAGACGAAACGCUGGCAAUGGAAACAGCUCUGUUAGCAGCUUUGGCGCUCGUUAAUCCCACAGAAACGCUAAUCAUCGUCACGUCGGAUCACUCUCACGUUGUAACGAUGGGUGGACAAGCCACUCCGAGAGGACAUCCUAUUCUCGGUCCUGACAGUAAAGUAUCGGACGUGGACGGGCAACCUUACACCACCAUUCUGUACGGAAAUGGACCCGGAUUUGCGACGCCCCGGAUCGUGCCCAUGAAUACGACUUCUGCCGCAGAGGACAGAAACCAGGUGCACGGGUCCGCGGUGCCCAGACAAUGGGCCACGCACGGUGGAGAAGACGUCCCAGUAUACGCCUUGGGACCUUUGGCCACGACGUUAUUCGCAGGUACAUUUGACCAGAGUUACAUUCCUCACGCUAUAGCUUACAGCGCGUGCCUCGGUGAGCACCGAUUGCGCUGCCAAGGCCUCGAUAAUUACACUGGCGCCCCAUUGAUGCCCCUCAGCGGCAAUUGCCCGUCCCAGGAGAUCACCAGCGUUGCCCAUUCCGGUCAGCCAAUCGUCAUUGCUAGUAGCGUGAUGUCUGAUGAUGGACAGCUGAGGGUGAAAUCCUCGAGCGGUGGAGACGGGCUGAAGCCAUUGUGGUUGGCAUCAAUUUGGGUGACGAUUUUUACAUUCAGAACUUAAGGAUUGUAAAAUGACUGAUGGAGAGGGUGUGAUAAAAACGAAUUUAUUUUUAAAUGUGGCGAAUCUAAUGGAUUUUAAGAAUGAGUAAUUGGUGAAUUGAG